AUGCAGGAACGAAAUGUAACGACUUCUACAGGCGCCAUGGCGUACACAUUUCAACACCCGCCGCAGGGUUUUGUGCACCCGCAGUACCGCGACCCCGCAGUCCCGUCCGCCUCCGCCACCACCACGACUAGCAUGGGCCGCAAACAGUAUGCGAACAUUAUGCAUGAUCGUCGUGUGUACAGGGGAAGUACAUAUGCGGCGACGCCAGUCUCUACGCAUAUGAAGGAGGAAGAGGCGAGGAAAGAACGUGAACUCCUGCGGCGGAAGAAGGAAAUGGCAGAACGAGCGGCAUCUAUUAAACGUCGUAAAGAAUUGGAUGCAGCGCAGCGGCGACUUGCCACCCCACCGCCUGUAGUUGGCCGACAGCACAUUGAUGUGCAGACUGAAGAGUUCCUAGAGGAGCUUAAGGAUGAGGUGGAGGUUGUUCAGCAGGAAACACAAACAGAUCCCAUGCUGGAUCGUCCAGCAACUCCAAAAUAUGUUCCAACCAAAUCUGGUAGAGAUGCUGAGACGCAAAUUCAUGAAAAAGAUUUAUUUCAUUUUGAUGAUGCGGUGGAUCCCAUACUGGAUGUGAUGGUUGGAAAGACAAUGGAGCAGGCUAUGCUGGAGGUACUGCAGGAGGAGGAAUUGGAAUUAUUGCGGCAACAACAGUUGGAGUUUGAGCAACGUCGUAAAGAGGAGUUAUUGGAGGCACAACGACUGGAGGCACGUGAGAAACGUCUCUUUGAAGAGAAGGAAAGACGUAAGAAGCAAGAAAUUGAACGUAUUCAACGAGAGAAAGAGACACGGGAGAAGUUGCAGGCACGACAAUUCGCAAAGGUGUAUUUAAUGAAUCUCGAAAACAGAGUGUUUGCGCGAUUGCAGGAUGAGGGAUGGUUCCAAGACCGUGUUGUGCAUGAAGUGGAAUUUGACUUCUUCCCAUGGUUGAUGGAUGAAGUGAAGGUGGAGUUGGAGAAGAAGCAGCGGGCCCGUCUGCUCGUGGACGAUCUCAUUCGCCAAGUAGUCGCCAUGCAGUUGGAAGCAUGA